AUCAUUGAUAAUUUCCAACUUUCCAAAUUAAGAACAUCACAUUCCACUUCCUUUCCUCCACAAACAUCACUCAAAAUAACUCAAUUUCACUCUCACACCACUCACCAUUUCCACUUUCUUCACAAUCAACAACAAAUAAUCUAUGGCACCUCCUAUCAAGUCACGUAAUCGAAGAUCAUCAACAUCAUCAUCUUACACAUCAACCUUAACAACAUUAGUUUUCAUUGCACUAUGUGUCUUAGGUGUGUGGAUGCUAACUUCAAACUCGGUCGUUUCGCCGAAAACACAUUCGGCUGUUGAUACUUCCACCACCAAUGAUUUUUCUUCCAAUGAUCAAACCACCACGGCCAACAACAACAAUGACGACGAUAACAACAACAAUAACAAUAAUAACUCGGAUGAAUUGGCAUCUGAAAAGAGAAUCAACGCCAAAUAUAACUUAGAUGAUUCGACCACAUCUGAAAGAACAACCAAUGCCAAUAAUAAUAUUGACGAUUCGAUAUCAGAAACUACGAACAAUGGUUUGACGUCAGAAAGUAGCACAAAGAACCAAGAUCAGAAGGAAACUACUACUGUGUUUGGAGACAAUCCAGGUAAUCUACCGGAUGAUGCAAUCAAAAACGAUGAUGCUAACAAUGUUGUUAAUACAAACAACAAUGAACAAACAAAACAAGAAGAUAAAAGCUCGUUCGCUCAAAAUCAGGAGCCGAGAAAUUCAAACAAUGAUCAGAAAAUCAUUGUGACAGAGAAAGAUGAAGUGAAUGCAAAGGGCGAUCAGCAACAAGAAGCGCAAGAUGAUGCGAACGAACAGCAGUUAAAGGAAGACAAAGGCGAAAGCGAGGUCAAGAUGUCUAAAGUCGACGAACCAAAAGAACAAGAAAAUGAGAGUCAUGAGGAAGCGGUGUCAGUAGAGAAGCCGAAACCCGAGAGGAAGAGGAGGAAGUCGAGGAAGGAAUUGAAGAAACAAUGGUCGACACAAGCAGACGAGUCUCGAGGUGAAAAGGAGAGACAAAACGUCAAUGAAUCAGGUGGAAGUAGUAGUACUAGUAGUAGUGUUGUUGAUCAAGAAGGGAAAGAUUUCAAGUGGACUAUCUGUAAUGUAACAUCUGGUGCUGAUUAUAUUCCAUGUUUGGAUAAUGAAAAGUAUCUGAAGACUUCACAUAGAAAACACUUUGAACAUAGAGAGAGGCAUUGCCCUGAGGAUGCACCAACUUGUCUGGUCUCACUUCCUCAAGGAUACAAAAUACAUGUUCCAUGGCCUGGUAGUAGAGAUAAGAUAUGGUACCACAAUGUACCACACGUUAAGCUAGCUGAGGUGAAAGGACAUCAAAAUUGGGUGAAGUUGAUGGGUGAGUUCUUGACAUUCCCUGGAGGUGGCACUCAGUUCAUUCACGGUGCUCUACACUAUAUUGAUUUUCUUCAACAGGCUCAACCAGACAUUGCAUGGGGGAAGCAUACAAGGGUGAUAUUGGACGUUGGGUGUGGAGUUGGUAGUUUUGGAGGUUACUUAUUUGAAAGAGAUGUUAUUGCUAUGUCUUUUGCUCCUAAAGAUGAACAUGAGGCACAAGUUCAGUUUGGACUUGAGAGAGGAAUACCAGCCAUAUCUGCUGUCAUGGGCACUCAAAGGUUGCAAUUCCCAAGUCGUGUAUUUGAUCUGAUACAUUGCGCGCGAUGUCGAGUACCUUGGCAUGAAGAAGGUGGUAUGCUGCUUUUGGAAUUGAACCGAGUUCUUAGACCAGGUGGUUAUUUUGUAUGGUCUGCUACACCUGUGUACCAAACUCUCGAGGAAGAUGUGGAGAUAUGGAAGCAAAUGAAAGCGUUAACCAAGUCCAUGUGUUGGGACCUUGUGACCAUAAAAAAUGAUACUCUGAACCAAGUUGGUGCUGCCUUCUUCCGCAAAACUUCUUCCAAUGAAUGUUAUGAGCAGAGAGAGCAAAGCCAACCUCCAAUGUGUAAAGAUGAUGAUGAUCCAAAUGCUGCCUGGUAUGUACCUCUACAAGCUUGCAUGCAUAAGCUGCCUGCUGACCAGACAGAAAGAGGGGCUAAAUGGCCAGAAGUUUGGCCUCAGAGACUACAAAAAGCUCCAUAUUGGUUAAAUGAUGCAGAGGGUGAAAAAUUAUCUACUCAAAAUUUUGCAGCAGAUAGUGUACGUUGGAAAAACGUUGUAUUCGAGCUUAGAGUUAUGGGUGUUGACUGGCCAAAUGUGAGAAAUGUCAUGGACAUGAGAGCUACAUAUGGAGGAUUCGCAGCAGCUUUGAAGGACCUUCCUCUAUGGGUAUUUAAUGUGGUAAAUGUAGAUGCUGGAGAUACACUUCCAAUCAUCUAUGAACGAGGUCUUAUUGGAAUGUACCAUGAUUGGUGUGAAUCCUUCAGCACAUAUCCAAGAACUUAUGAUCUUUUGCAUGCCGAUCAACUUUUCUCAAAUCUAAAGACCAGGUGCAAACUUAUUCCUGUUAUAGCAGAGGUGGAUAGAGUACUUAGACCAGGUGGUCAUUUUGUUGUCCGGGAUGAUCUUAGUGUUGUCGAUGAAGUGGAGAAUUUGAUCAAAUCUAUUAACUGGGAAAUAACCUCCAAAACUUCCAAAAACCAAGAGGGGAUGCUCUGUGCAAAGAAAAGCUUUUGGCGACCCGAUUCGUAAUGUUCAGUCAGAUUAACAUUUUCAAACAAACAAAGCACUUGCUGUAAUAUGCGGUUCUUUUUGGUCAUUGACCUUUAAUGGCAGAAUAGUUAAGUCGAACAGUCUACUCUUCUAAUCAUUCAAAUUGCCAAGAAUUAGAUGAUGUAAUACAGGGUCAAGAAGUAGCAGAAUUUGUAAUUUGUCAUUUUUAAAUGUCCAAUGAUCUGUAAUACGCUUAGUUAAAUAAUUGAAACAUUGGCAAAAUGUUAUAGCUCUGUAAGAGAGUUUGUAACCGCUUGAAAAUUAUGUGAUAGAUUGUGCAAUACAAU